AUGUCACAUCCUGAUCUUACGUCGCAUCAUGUCAACUACCUAAUCUGGAGGUAUCUUCAAGAAUCAGGUCACGGUGAAGCUGCAGUAACACUGCAGCGUGCAUGGAAUCAUGACCCACAGAGCUUACCUUUCGCUCCUUAUAUAAAAACUCAUGCGUUGGUGUCUUUGGUUCAAAAGGGUCUCCAAUAUCACGAGCUCGAACAGUCACUCGAUAAGGAUGGGAAUCCAAGGGCCUUUUCACCUUCAGAAUAUUUCUUUGGACCAGCGGUGCUGGAAGCGGAACCGCGGAAAAGUCAGGGUGGCCCGGGUGAAAAUGGCACAGAUCAGGCACCUGUCUCGCCCACGAGUAAAGUCGCGCGCGACGGCGUGAUCAACGGUCACUUGACAGGCGAACCUGCGGCACCUCAAGUUGUCCCCAAUGCUAAGAAAACCCGUAAGAGUGACCGCGCAGAGACCAACGGGGACGAAAUUCCAAUGGAAAUUGAUUCAAAUGGUGUUGCAAAUGAGACAAAAUCCGCAGUAGCUGCAUCACCAUCCGUGGCUGACACUGCUGUGGAUGGGGACGGGGACGUGAGCAUGGGCAUCCGACCGGACUCGCAAGACCAGGAACCAACCGCGGCGCCGACUUUCACCUUGACCAACGGCCACAGCGUUGGCGUCCAGAUCACACCCGCCAAGGCUGCCGACCUUAGUCCCGAUACCGCCCUCUUGAAUGUGGCUGAUGAUUGCCACGUGACCCGUGCAUUGUGGCGUCCAAAUGACUCCACCGUUGUCGUUGCAGUCGGCGAGACGUUUUGCAGUCUAUGGAAGAUGCCGUCAUCCGCGAGUCCAGUGCAAGAGAAACUUGUGGAGGGUAAGGGUGAUAAUAUCUGCGUCUCCGCGGUCGCCUGGGACCCUACGGGCCAGAAGUUGGCCGUAGCCACAUACAACGACAUGAGAGGGUCUAUCACUAUGUAUGAUGUCGCCGGAAAUGCCGUUGACCUCCUGCCCGAAGUACCUAGAAUGAUCACUGGAUUGCAUUGGACCGAGAGCGGCACCCAUCUAAUUGUCGUGGCAUCAGAUAGUAAAGUCUCCGAGCUGGCUCUCUGGGAUGAUUCAUUGCGACCGGACGAGUUCCCCUCUCCACAGGUAAUCGAUGGGUCAAUCUAUGACCUCAGUUGGCUUGGACGCAAUAAAGCAUACGCUUCGGGUAACGGAACGGUCUACCAAUGCGAUGUCGAUUCGAGCAUCCACAUCUCCAAGACAUUUACCAGUGAGACCGAUAGACCUUGGACAUUUAUUCGUUCCGAAAAUGUCAAUUCCUCCUCUGUGGCAGUGGCUGCAUCGUCUGCUGCAGCUGCGUUCUGGAUUCCGACUCAUGACAUGCACCUCGAUAGUGCACACGAAGGGGACAUCACGGCAAUAGAGCUUAAGCCAAACACACUAGAGCAACCACAAGCGAGCCAUCCUUUGGUUCUAGCCUCCUCAUCUACUGAUGAUACAGUCAAAGUAUGGCAUAUUGAUCUGGACGCAAAACGAUUUGAUUGCAUCCAUCGUCUGUUCCUCGGUCCAUCUUCACCGGCCCUCGCCAGCAGUUUCUCUCCGGACGGGUAUGCUCUGGCUGCUGCAAGCAAGGAGAAAUUGUUCAUCUGGAAUUCACAGAGGGGUGGCACCGCAAUGGCUACUUGGUCCGUGCCGGGGACCGACCGAGCAAAGAUCGAAGAAGGACAAAACCACUUGGCCAAUGGACACAAUGGGAACGCCGAGCCAAUACCGGACCGUUCUCUUGCAUGGGACAGUGAUGGUAAACGACUCGCUUUUGGCUUUGGCAAGCAGGUAUGUUGUCUAUCGUACCUAAGUGGAGAUUAA